AUCAAAUUAUUUGGUUAAAAAAAUUAUUUGGUUUUCGUUUGAUCUAUGAUGUGAAAAAAUACUAUGUCCUUCAAUCUUCUUCGUUUUAAACCAACGAUUCGGAUUAUAAAUCUGACUUAAAACUCCCAUCGUUUCUCAACCAUCAGUUCUCGUCGAACCUCCGUCCUUCUUAAACCCUAAGAUCUGACCGGUUAAGUCUCUAUAAAUGCAGAUGGGAAGUGAAGAGGCGAAGGAUCCAUGGAAAGGAGAAGAAUGGGGGAAUGAGAAUCAAACGAAGAAGAAGAAGAAGAAGCCAAGCUCUGGAGUGACGAGAGCAAGAAAACAGAUCCCGAGGGGACUUGAGGAGAAGUACGAAGCUUACUUCCUCCCUAGGAAGCCUUGGCCUAAGGCUCUUGCCUUCUAUGGAAGCUUUGUCCUCGGUGGGAUUGGUGCUGGUAUGCUUAUCGAGUCUUGGAUCAACAACAAAGUCAAAGAGGAUGGAGGAGUGAUAUGGGAGUUUGACAAGUGAAGCUGGAAAUAACUGGUGAAGUUGGAGAGGACGCAGAGAGAAUGCAAUUCAAAUAUGAAGUAACACUUGAGACUUGUGUAUAUGCAUCAGUUACAAAUUCCACCACACAAGAAUUAAUAUUUUAAUUCUAUUUGUCAAUGAAUAAUAUGAUUACCUUAACAAGGAGUCUCCGCCCUAUCAAAUCUGAUUUUUGCA